CAGUGCAGUGAGAUCUAAAAGCUAUCCGCCAUUGCUUCAUGCAUAGGGCUUUGCGUUUGUCUGUCAACAAUAAACUUGUGGUGAGGGACGCGGGGCUACGAGGUCGACUUAAAAAUCGUCGGCUGCUCCGUAAACCAGAGGUCAGCCUUGUCCCUCCCUGGAGAACACGUUCAUGUGAUUACAGAGCCCACGGACGAGGCAACCAUGUCCAAUCUCAGCAAAGGCGGCACCAAGAAGGACACUAAAAUGAGGAUACGGGCAUUUCCUAUGACAAUGGAUGAGAAGUAUGUAAACAACAUCUGGGAUCUUCUAAAGAAUGCUAUACAGGAAAUUCAGAGGAAAAACAACAGCGGCCUAAGCUUUGAGGAGCUCUACAGAAACGCAUACACAAUGGUGCUCCACAAACAUGGAGAGAAGCUGUACACUGGCCUGCGGGAGGUGGUCACUGAACACCUUAUCAACAAGGUGCGAGAAGAUGUGCUGAACUCCCUAAACAAUAACUUCCUUCAAACCUUAAAUCAGGCUUGGAAUGACCAUCAGACAGCAAUGGUGAUGAUCAGAGACAUCCUGAUGUAUAUGGAUCGUGUUUAUGUACAGCAAAACAACGUAGAGAACGUUUACAACCUCGGGCUGAUCAUCUUUAGAGAUCAGGUGGUUCGCUACGGCUGCAUCAGAGAUCAUCUCCGACAGACGCUGCUUGACAUGAUUGCACGAGAGAGGAAGGGGGAGGUUGUGGACAGAGGGGCCAUCAGAAAUGCAUGCCAAAUGUUGAUGAUCCUCGGCCUUGAAGGGAGAUCUGUUUACGAAGAAGAUUUUGAAGCACCCUUCUUGGAAAUGUCUGCAGAGUUCUUCCAGAUGGAGAGCCAGAAGUUCCUAGCAGAAAACAGUGCCAGUGUGUACAUAAAGAAAGUAGAAGCCAGAAUCAAUGAGGAGAUUGAGCGGGUAAUGCACUGCCUGGAUAAAUCCACAGAGGAGCCCAUCGUCAAGGUGGUGGAACGUGAACUUAUUUCUAAACAUAUGAAGACCAUCGUAGAGAUGGAGAACUCGGGCCUGGUUCACAUGCUCAAAAACGGCAAAACAGAUGAUUUGGCGUGCAUGUACAAGCUGUUCAGCCGGGUUCCCAACGGGCUGAAGACCAUGUGUGAGUGCAUGAGCGCAUACCUACGAGAGCAGGGGAAGGCGCUGGUGUCAGAGGAGGGAGAAGGGAAGAACCCUGUGGACUACAUCCAGGGUUUGCUGGACCUAAAGUCCCGAUUUGACCGUUUUCUCCAGGAGUCCUUCAAUAACGACAGACUCUUCAAACAAACAAUUGCAGGAGAUUUUGAGUACUUCCUUAACCUUAACUCUCGAUCCCCGGAGUACCUCUCACUCUUCAUCGACGACAAACUCAAGAAGGGUGUGAAAGGGCUUACAGAGCAGGAGGUGGAGUCCAUACUGGACAAGGCGAUGGUGCUCUUCCGCUUCAUGCAGGAGAAGGACGUGUUUGAAAGGUACUACAAGCAGCAUCUGGCACGACGGUUGCUCACCAACAAAAGCGUCUCUGAUGAUUCCGAAAAAAACAUGAUCUCAAAGUUAAAGACUGAGUGUGGCUGUCAGUUCACCUCUAAACUGGAAGGAAUGUUCCGGGACAUGAGCAUCUCCAACACCACCAUGGAUGAAUUUAGACAACAUCUACAGACAACAGGGGUGUCUCUUGGAGGAGUUGAUCUCACUGUGAGAGUCUUGACCACAGGCUACUGGCCAACACAAUCAGCAACACCCAAGUGCAAUAUUCCCCCAUCGCCACGGCAUGCAUUCGAAGUCUUUAGAAGGUUUUACCUUGGUAAGCACAGUGGGAGACAACUCACCCUGCAGCAUCACAUGGGUUCAGCAGAUUUAAAUGCCACCUUCUAUGGUCCUAUCAAGAAGGAGGACGGGUCGGAAGUUGUAGUUGGGGGAGCCCAGGUGACGGGCUCUAACACCAGAAAGCACAUCCUGCAGGUGUCAACCUUUCAGAUGACCAUCCUCAUGCUGUUCAACAACAGGGAGAAGUCCACCUUUGAGGAGAUCCAGCAGGAGACGGACAUCCCAGAGAGGGAGCUGGUGCGAGCGCUGCAGUCUCUGGCCUGUGGAAAACCCACCCAGAGAGUCCUCACCAAGGAGCCCAAAUCCAAGGAAAUUGAAAACGGACACGUUUUUACCGUCAAUGACCAGUUUACAUCUAAACUUCACCGCGUAAAAAUCCAGACAGUGGUUGCUAAACAGGGAGAGUCGGACCCGGAAAGGAAGGAGACCCGGCAGAAAGUGGACGAUGACAGAAAGCAUGAGAUUGAAGCCGCCAUUGUUCGCAUCAUGAAGUCCAGAAAGAAGAUGCAGCACAAUGUGCUUGUAGCAGAGGUCACACAGCAGCUGCGAGCGCGGUUUCUUCCUAGUCCUGUUGUCAUCAAGAAGCGCAUUGAAGGACUCAUUGAGAGGGAAUACUUGGCGAGAACACCAGAGGACCGCAAAGUGUACACUUACGUAGCAUAACGAGUGAUGAAAGCAGAGCCCGCUCUGUGGUCUGGACUGCUUCUUGUUUAAGUCGAGUCGGACUUGCUUUCGUCGUUGAUUCUGGGAAACACUGGGAAGCUUCAAAAACGUCCUCCACACAAACCUGUGAAGAAUAAUUCUGCAAAAGAUGGUGACAUUUUCUAGAGUUAUUAGACUUCUUCUGAGUAAAGUGAGAGGAGUGGGAUGUAGUUUUGUAUAAAAAAAAAAAAAAAAAAAAGAUUUUUGUGGCCUUUGGAGGAAACUGGCUGAGUCUUUGGGCAGUCACUGGACUCGUGACGCCAUGGAGAUCUGAAAAACAUCGGGACUCCCCCUCUGUUUUAAAUGUGGACGUUCAUGUGUUAUGUUUGUAUUUUGUGACACAAUAAUAGUUGUACAGAUCGGCGCGUCUCAGCCUUUUCCUCAAAGAGGAUUUUUAGACUUCAAGAGAAAGAUGAGGUGUUCCCUGAUACAGACCUGGUUUACAGCAGCAGCCAAACAAUGUUUGUUUAACGGAACAUUUAAAAGCUUCACGUCAGCUGCAAGUUUAUGUCUUUAGGGGGCGACACUCGUCCUUCAGCACAGCACAGACUAAAACAGAAAAAAGUCUGACCAGGUCUGUACCAGCAGCCAAAAAAACCAACAGCUUCACAGCAUGCCUUCAUGAAUAAAUGGGUCAAUCACAGAUACAAGACACAACU